UAGUAUUCAUCGUUGAGUUGGCGUGUGUGUUUGUGGGUUUGUGAAUUAUUCAUCACAAUAAAAAAUGACAUCCUGUGUUGAAGGGGACUCUGUGAAUCCGAGAAUUGACAAAGACUGGCUACAGAAAAUAUUUAGAAUAUCAGAGGACGACUCGAAGCUGUGUGUAUCAAGUUACGAGCUGGGAAAUAUGGGUGGCAAGGGAGAGAACUACUUGAGCUGGAUGUGCAGAGUCCAAGCUAAUGUUCUGCGAAGCGGCAACAAACCAGACCAAAUAAGUAUUUUCGUGAAAGAACUGCCCGUGGGAAAGGCACUUUGGGAGACGAUGGCCAAAUCAUCAGCAUUCCCCAACGAGAUCAAAGUUUACAGCCAGGUUCUUCCCAGAUACCACGAUAUCCUAAACAAUAUUCGUCCAGGCACAAACGCACAUUUCGCAGCAAGACUUAUAUAUUCUGAAAACGACAUGCAUGUCUUGGCUGUUCAAGAUCUAACUUCUGAAGGAUUUAAAAUGGCCGAAAGACGACAAGGUUUAGCUUUGACUCACUGCUCGCUCGUAAUGAGAGCUUUGGCACGUUACCACGCAGUUUCUGUAUCCCUGCACGAUGAGGAUCCAUGUUUGAUAGAAUCGUUCAAAGAAAAUUUUGUUACCGAAGAAACUUCCACAGCGGUCAUCAAGAAGAUUUAUGAAUCAAGCAUCGGUGCAGUCGCCGACCUCGUUCAGUCUUGGCCUGUUGUGGGAGAAAGAACAGCUGGUAAACUACGUAAACUGUCAGUAUCUUCCCACGACGUUGUAAAGCGACAGCUCCUGCCAGCUGGGAGUCGGCUGAACGUCUUGACCCACGGUGACCUGUGGGUUAACAACUUGUUAUUUAGGUACGAUGACAUCUCGGGAGCUGUCCGAGACGUCAGGUUCGUCGACUUCCAAAUGACCACGUUCGCUUCAUUCGCUAUCGACUUACAGCACUUCAUCCACACAAGUCCAUCUGAUGAUGUGAGAGCUAAUCACACUGAUGACCUGCUGAUGGCGUACCAUAGAGAACUGAGUUCAACGUUGGAGCUUUUGGGCCAAGGGCAUAGAGUGAUAUGUUUCGAAGAAUUAAUGGAAGAAUAUGAAAAGAAGGGCCAGUAUGGCUUAAUCAUGUCUCUUGUUGCACUCCCUAUUAUUAUAGGCAAUCCUGAAGAUGCCGAAGAUUUAGAUCAGAUUUUGAGUGAAAGUUUUUUGACCCAGAAAAUGUACAACAGAGCAAAUAACAAACAAUAUAUAUGUGUAUUGAAAAGGAUUUUGCCAGAAUACGAAGCCAAAGGCUACGUUUGAUUAGUUACAGUUUUGUUUUGCUUAGCUACUUCAGUUAACUUAUAGUGAUAUUAAAAUAUAUUUUAUUUUCAAUAACUAUUUGAUUUCCUUAUUUACUGUAC